AGUUCAAAACUGUGGGCUUCUCACUGUGAGGUCCAUAGCAGUCUUAGUGUAAAGAAGCAACCAUGAAACUGUUUGUGCUGUUGCUCCUUCUGGCAUCAACUCAUUCCUUCCCUACAGAACCCACCUUUCCUGAACAUCAGACAGAGAGCCGCUUUCGCUUUGCUGCUCUGGAUGAAGUUCGGCUUUUGGCAAAUGGCCUCCUACAGCUGGGCCAAAGCCUGAGGGACUUUGUGCAGAAUACCAAGAGUCAAAUCAAGGAUAUUUUCCAAAAGCUCAAUAUCUUUGACAAGUCCUUCUACCAACUUUCUGUGCUGGCCAGUGAGAUCAAGGAGGAGGAGAAGGAACUGAAGAAGACCACCGUGAUGUUAAAGGCAAAUAAUGAGGAAAUAAAGAGUCUGUCACUGGAGAUCAACUCCAAAGUGGAAGAUAUCAUAAAAGAGAGGAAGCAUCUGAGGAGGCAGGUGGGCGGCUUGGAGGAGAAGUUAAGCGGUCUGUCCCAGAGUUUGCUCUCAGCUGAGCAGGUGGCUGAAAUCUCCACGCUCAAGGAGAUAAUCCUGGCCCAAGAAAAGAGCAUCACUGAUCUGCUGAAGGCUGUGAAGGAACAGACCGAGCAGCUCAACAACCAAAGGACCAAAAUCAAGGGCCUGGAAAAUAAAUUCAACUCUGCACAUAUCCAGGAAACGGAUGAAAAUUCGGACAGGAAUCACCAAAGCAACAGCCUCUCAGGAUAUCUACCAUACUUCACAUCUGAUGGGAGCUUCUCAAGCGAUCUUCCAAAAGACUGUGGUGAUGUCUUCAGCCGAGGACAGAAAUCCAGCGGCCUGUAUGCCAUUAAACCUCACGAGUCACAACCGUUUCUUGUGAAAUGUGAGUUCACUGAGGAGGGAGUGUUCACUGUCAUCCAGCACAGACAUGAUGGCUCUGUGGACUUCGACCAGUCCUGGGAGAAGUAUGAGGACGGAUUUGGGGACUUCAGCAGUGAGUUCUGGCUGGGGCUAAAGAAGAUCUAUGCUGUUGCCCAUCAGGGACACUCGCUCCUGCAUGUCCAGAUUGAGGACUGGAGGAAGGAGAAACAUUUCAUGCUUUAUCAGUAUAUCCUGGAGGACGGCGCCUUCAACUACACCAUCCAUCUGAAGCUGCAGACCGGUGAAUCCAGCUCUGCUCUGGAUGAACACAUUGGCUACAGGUUCUCCACUAAAGACCACAAUGAUGGAAACAAUGAUGAUCCAAACUGUGCCCAAGACUACACAGGUGGGUGGUGGUUUAGUUUUUGCGGCGACAUUAACCUGAAUGGCAAGUGUAUUCAGAGCAGACCUCGUAAAAAGGGAACCCACUGGAAACCUGGCAGGGGAACCACCAGCUUCAAGGCCUCAAAAAUCUCCAUUCGUCAUCUCACAAAGCCACAAACCCCUUAAUAUCAACAGCAUGAGCAGAAGCACAUAUGAUUGCAUUCAUGCUGAGCAAUUGCAUCUUGGUUUUUACAAAGUAACCGUUUAAUGGACAUGAAAAAGUUCCCAUUGAGUAUGAACCUAUCAAUAUGAUGCAGUAAAAAAAGUAAAAAUGAGACAUUUACAUUGUGAUUAGUCCAGUGAGCUCCACGUGAUUCAGUUUCUCCACCAGUCAUCUUAAUUACAUUGUUAUGAGCCCAACCAGGAAACCUCACAUUUAACCUUCUGAGAGCCACUUUCAGCCAUGUGUUUAAAUGAGUCACACUGACCUCAAGAUGUCAUGUGCACAGUUGUACAGCUUUUGUUAUUUGUUAUUUUGGCACUACUUCCAACACACACACAUAUACAGUAUAUAUAUACUGUAUUUUCAUUAUUUUGUUAACAUUAAAUUAUAAAUUCUAUUUCAUUUAAACAUGUAUUUAAAAUUAUCAGAUGGCUUAUAAUUUGCUGAAUUUCUAACAAGUAAUAAAUGG